AUGGCAUUCUAUAGACUGGAUGGUAAUGAAAGACAGAGGAAUAACAAGUCACCAUGUAACAACUGGCGACAGAUACUUGUUGAUGUGAAAAAAAUUAAAGUGGGUGCUCGUAAUUUAAGCCUCAAUCCAGACCAGAUUCAAGCAAAACUAGAACUUGGAGCUGUCAUCCCUAUCCUCAACAUCUGGCUGAUUCCAAUCAUUUUGGCCAGACGUUCUCCGCAGAGCCGCCGCGGUCUCCUGCUUCAACAGUGCUUGAACGGAACCCUGCGCUCGCCAGCCUCCCCCCGCCAACCGGCCGCCCAGCCCGCCGUCCAGCAGCACCUCUCCGCCUCCUCUCGACGCCCCCAGGCCUCCACCGCCGCCAUGACCGCGUCUCCCUCGCAGGUGCGCCAGAACUACAACCAGGACUCGGAGGCCGCCAUCAACCGCCAGAUCAACCUGGAGCUCUACGCCUCCUACAUCUACCUGUCCAUGUCUUACUACUUCGACCGGGAUGACGUGGCUCUGAAGAACUUUGCCAAAUACUUUCUGCACCAGUCUCACGAGGAGAGAGAGCACGCCGAGAAACUGAUGAAGUUGCAGAACCAACGAGGGGGCCGGAUCUUCCUCCAGGAUAUCAAGAAACCAGACCGCGACGACUGGGAGAGCGGGCUCAACGCCAUGGAGUGUGCACUGCACCUGGAGAAGAGUGUCAACCAGUCCCUGCUGGAGCUGCACAAACUGGCCACGGACAAGAACGACCCCCAUCUCUGUGACUUCAUCGAGACACAUUACCUGGAUGAGCAGGUGAAAUCCAUCAAAGAGCUGGGCGACUACGUCACCAACCUGCGCAAGAUGGGGGCCCCAGAUUCCGGCCUGGCCGAGUAUCUCUUCGACAAGCACACCCUGGGAGACAGUGAUGGAGAGAGCUAAGCGGCAGCCUGGCCUUCCCCAAGUCACCAAGGCAGCGCAUGCAUGUGGGGUAGACCUGUCCCUUUUCUAGAAAUUGUACCCAAGCAUCCACUUCCGUUCUUCCAUUUGUACCUUUCCUUCAGAUAAAGUCUGAAGUCAUUUGAUACCCAGCUGUUGUCUCAGAGAUCUUGGCGGGGAGGGGCCAGGGAGCCGCCCCGGGCCCAGGCAGUCAAGUUUUUUAAGCGCCCCAGUUCCACUGCAAAAUCCCACUUAAUAAAAUGGAGCUUGCGCGGAAAAAA